AAAUCAUUGUUGGGAUUUGGGAGUCUGUCCGAAAGUUUUCCUCACAGGCUUUUUCUGGAAGGGCAGAAAUGGGAAACAGGCGGUUCGCGCAGAUUGACACCAGUGACGACGACGACAACCUGUUGAUCUCUCAGGUGUGCCGCCGUUCGAACAAUGGCGUGGAGAAACGGAAGUGCAAGAGGAUGAAGCUAUGCGAAGAAGAAGACGAAGAAGAAGAGGAAGAAGACAUGCGAAACCAGAACAACAAGAGGAAGGCGGUGGAGCAUUUGGAGGAGGACGUAGGGAAGGAGAAGAAGAACAGGACUUCGGAGACGAGGAAAUCGGCGGAUGAGUCGGAGCCGGAGGAGGACGUCGAGGAGGAAGUGCAGGAAGAGGCGAAGCCCAUUGGCGAUGUCAUUAGGGUUAGUGGAAAAGGUCGAGGCCGCCGGAACCACUACAAAUCGUUUGAAUACGAUGGACUCACCUAUGAACUGGAGGAUCCAGUGCUGCUAGUUCCGGAGGAGCAAAAUCAGAAACCAUAUGUUGCUAUUAUCAAGGAUAUAUCUCAGACCUGGAAAGGAAACAUGAUGGUUGACGGGCAGUGGUUUUAUCGGCCAGAGGAAGCAGAGAAAAAGACUGGUGGGAACUGGCAAUCCCGUGAUACCAGGGAGCUUUUCUAUAGCUUUCACCGUGACGAGGUGCCCGCUGAGUCUGUAAUGCACAAGUGUGUGGUGCACUUCAUUCCUUUGAACAAACAGAUCCCAAAGCGCAAACAACAUCCUGGAUUCAUUGUUCAAAAAGUGUAUGACACUGAACAGAGGAGGCUUUUCAAAUUGACGGACAAGGAUUAUGAAGAUAGCAAGCAGCAUGAGAUUGACCUCCUUGUGCAGAAAACUAUGUCACGUGUUGGUGAUCUUCCGGAUAUUGAACAUGAGGACCACCCUUCUAUCACAGCCAAUGAAGAUCAGUUGUUGAAGAGUAAACGACUGUUGAGGAAAAAAAGUAUUCAUAUGUUAGAUGUUUCUAGAGAGGAUGAAGCACCCGGCAGAAACAAAGCAGAUACACCUGGUAGCUCUGCCAGCAAUGCUUCAGAGUACUCUGCAAUCCUAAAAAGCUUCAAUGUGAUGAUGGAUGCUGAUCACCGUAACAGGUGGUUGGAAAAGUUGCUUCAAGCAAUUCAGUUUAUGUGCCACCCUUCGGAUGGUAAUGAGAGGGGAACUUCUGAUGGCCGUGAUCCUACAGUUCCUGCUAAAACCAGUUCAUCAAAAGUGAAUGAGGAUAACUAUUCAAAUGGUGAAAAGAAUUUUCUUUGGCCAGACAGUGCUGUUCCUGUCAUAGUUUCUCUUGAGCGAGCUGUACAUGAUGCGCUUGCCUCAGAUUUUCAGAAGUAUAACCAGAAGAUGAGGCAGUUAGUCUUUAACCUUAAGAAUAAUGCUCAUUUGGCCCGGCGUCUCUUGAACGGCGAGUUGGACGCCUCACAAGUUUCGAGCAUGACACCAACUGAGUUAAAGGAAGGAUUGACUUCAGAUGAGCUAGCAAGCAGGCAGCCUGAGGAGCAAGAGCCCGUGCAGAUGACUAAUGCUCGUUGCAAACGGUGCGGUGAAAAACAAGUUCGACUGAUAGAUAUCAUACAGGCUGGACAUGGUGAUCGUUAUCAGCUGGAGUGUGGAGCUUGUGGGAACACCUGGUAUGCUUCAAGAGAUCAAGCUGCAACACUAACAAUAGGAGUGCCAUCAACUGACACCAAGCCAGUGGUGGAGUCCGAUGACACCGAGAAGCAACAGCUGGUUAGCCCCGGCACACAACAACAGCAGCAGCAGAAUCAAGACAGAGAAGCUCUUCUCAAGACAUCAUCAACCGGUCCGGUCCCAGAUGCCAAACACAAGCCCAAAUCUGCAGAGGGUGUUCCUGAUCUAUGAAUCGAAGAACAUGACUGACUGAUAAGCCUCCUCCCCAGGUGUUGUUGUUUAUACUUUUCUGUACAUUAUUAGUCUUAUCUAAUAUAGAAGUAUAGAUAUA